GGAGAUGUCAUGUCUUCAGCAAUGGUGUAAUAUUGUAAAACGUGUUGAGUUGAUACUUUUUUAAUUAAAAGAUGUAGAUUAAUUGUCAAUAAUAAAAAACAACAUUUGGUGAUUAUAAAACCAGACCUUUUUUGUCUAUAGAUCUAGCAAAAAUUAACAUAUGCUAGACUAACAAUUGAUCAACCAAGAACCAAUAACGUGAAAUACAAAACGUGUUGAUGUUUACUAGCUUAUUAUAUUACUGAUUUGUUAUAUUUGUGAUUUGCCAAUCAUAAUAGUCAUUAAAUUUGGCAAAAAUGUUUAUAUGCAUCAAAGAUGGACAAUCAAUUACAUUAGUUUAUUAUUAAAAUACUUUCCCUAUGGAAUUGUCUUGUGGUGCUGUAGGUAGAGGGUGGUGUUCAUGGACUUGAAAGAAGGAAUCUCUCAGCAGCCCCCAGGCACGCCAUCAUGGUGACGUCUCAACCAGGCCGAGAACUUCAUCUCCAUAGAUGAAUUACCUGACAGUGCAGGAGUUGAGGUACACCACAAGGGUAUCAGCAGUUAGAAGGGAAUAAUUGGGUCAUCAGCUUUAUAGAUUUUGAAGCACUCCCUUGCCUUAUUUCGUGUCAUUGGGACACAAGGCUGGCCCCACUGCAUUGUGUGGUAGUCUCUCAACAACUCACCAAACUCGGCCAACCAACCAUGUUCUCCACAGUGGCAAGAAAACAGAACCUUCAUUUAGUCUUCUUUUUGAAACGACUUUCUGCAAAAUGGCUAUUCUCUCAGAGGGUUCAAGGACUACAGUCAUCUGCUAAACUCACACCAAAGCCUCCCAGGACUCAACUGUUUACAAGACAAUCGAGAAAUCAGGUCCGAUUUGCAUCUUCAGUCUCACAAAAGGAUGAUGGAUAUUUGGUGAUUCAGUACGGAGAAAGAGAAGUUGAGCUGCCAUAUAUCUGGUUGCGAGAUCACUGUCGGUGUGAGACGUGCUACAAUCAUACCACUUGUCAGAAGAAUGUUGAUAAUUACACUUUGUCGGCUGAUCUAUCACCUAAGAGUACCCAGUUGGAAAUGGAAGGGGAGAGGCUGAAGCUGGAAUGGUCCGACGGACAUCUCACCCACUACGACCUAGCAUGGCUGGUGGAACACAGCUUUUCCACCGUAUCAAAAUCAAAAACCCCAUUCUAUUUGUGGGACAAAGAAGCCCUCCAGAGGGAGCCACUUCCGAUUGUACCUUACGACGCGUACAACGAUGAUUCUGGGAAGGGCAUGCAAAAAACUUUGGAAAAUCUUCUCAAGUAUGGAUUCUCCGUCAUAGAUGGGGUUGAAGCUGCCAUUAAAGAUACUCAGGAAGCUGUGGAGAGAAUCACCUUCCUUCAGGAGAGUGUGUUUGGGCGGAUGUGGAGCUUUACCUCUGACCUUCAGCGAAGUGACACAGCUUAUACCAACCUAUUCCUGGGUGCUCACACAGACACGACCUACUUCAACCUACCUUUAGGGAUCCAGGUUUUCCACUGUCUGUGGCAUGAUGGGAAGGGUGGCGAUACACUGCUAGUGGAUGGGUUCCAUGCUGCUGAGCGGUUCCGCAGAGAUCAUCCUGAAGAUUUCCACUUUCUAACACAAGUUGAGAUUCCACAUGAGUAUAAAGAGUGGAACAUCAAUCACUUCCUGAGUCAUGGGACCAUUCUGAGGGUCCAUCCCGGGUCAGAUGAUAUGAUGCUUAUCAGAUUCAACCCCUAUGACAUGGCACCUCUUGAUACACUACCUCCACGAGAUAUCCCCAAGUUCUACGCAGCAUACUCCAGACUAGCCUCCUACAUCAAGAACCCUGCCAACGAGUUUUGGCUCAAGCUCCACCCAGGCAUGGUCCUCCUGGUGAACAACUGGAGGGUGUUACAUGGAAGAGCCACCUUCACAGGGAGGAGGAUAGUGUGUGGCUGUUAUCUACCCAGAGAUGAUUGGAUGAAUAAGGCUCGAGUGUUCAACUUGGUGUAACUAAAUGUCUUCGGCAUAUUGAUUAGUUUUUGUACUGGAAACAAGAAAUGAAUGCAUUAUCGUUUAAUAACCAAGUGCAAAGGAAAUACAAAGUAUUACAUAUUAGGCCAUGUGGACUUAUGGCCUCACUAGUCUGAAAUGGCUGUAUGGCUUCAGCUGAAACUUUGUGGCAACGCUUGUAAUUUCGUUAUUUGAAUGCCAUGUUUGAUUUAAAAAAAUUCUUUUUCUCCAAAACUUAGAGGGAAACAUUGUGGGUGAGAUGGUCACUUUACAGGGGUAGAAACUAACAUUUUUAGUCCACUAGUCCUUGUAAUGAUAACAUAUAGCAAAACCCUUAAAAUUGGCAAUUUUCUACUAGUCCUUAUGAUACCUUAACUAUUGGGCAGUUUGGCAAGGACUACAGGACUAGUGCCAAUUUCUAACGCUGCUUUAUGUGGUUCCAAGCCUGUUUCGAGGCAUCUUGAUCGAAAACUAAUACUGGCCUCCAGCAGCCAUAUUGGAAACUUCCAAAAGAAUAUGCAUCAUUUGUCGUUUUAAAAAUAUAAACCGUAUUCGAUGUAAUAAGCGCCCAGGGCGCUCUCAAAAUUAGAAAUAGGGGGCUCUUAUUUGAAUAUUAUUUUGGUGGAAAAAAGAGAGUUGAAAGAUAAAUUUUGUGGU